AGUGAUACGAUACGACAACAUAAAAGAGAUCAAAACAUAGAUAGAUCCUAGUCUAUAAUCAUAGAUUAGAUUCUACUUGAUUCUAGAUCUAGACUAGACAUAGAAUCUAGACUAGAUACUAGACUCACUCUAGAUUAUAUCUAAAACAUAACUAGAUCUAGAUCUAUAUAUGUAAUUGUAAAUCAAUGGCUAGUGUUGGUGAAAAACGAAAGCGAAAUGCAAGAGAGAGAAUUGAGUUUUCUUCAAGUAGCAGCGACUCAGAAGAAGAAACGAGAGAAAAGUUAGAAGCAUUGCGAGCUUUGCAGAAAUUGCGUUCAAGACAACAUGGUGUCAGCUCUGCUAGCUUGGCCUGGGGGAAAAAGAUUUCCAAAUCUGAGGACGUGUCUGAUGCUGAUCCAUUCAAAAUGAAGACUGGUGGUUUUGUUGAUAUGAAAGCUCUAAAAAAGAAACCUCUGAAAGGUGAAGCUGUUGAAGCCAUUGGAACAGCAUUUGCUGCUGAAACCAAUCGACGAGAUGAAGACGCUGAAAUGUUAAAGUAUGUUGAGGAGGAACUGGCCAGAAGAAAAGGUCGGCAUAAAGAAGAAGAGCUGUAUGAAAACAAACAAAAAUCAAAAGCUGAUUCCUUGUAUGAACUUCCUGAACACUUAAAAAAAUAUUCUUCCCAGAAAAGAUCAGAGGACAUGUUAUCCAAUCAGAUGUUGUCUGGUAUUCCAGAAAUAGAUUUGGGAAUAGAUGCCAAAAUCAAGAACAUUGAGUUGACUGAAGAGGCCAAACAAAAGUUGUUAGAAGAAAGAAAAAGACAGAGAGACAACAUGCCAUCAGACUUUGUUCCCACCAAUGUAGCAGUCAAUUUUGUGCAGCACAACAGAUUCAACAUUGAUGACAAUAAACCCAAGCUUGUCAAGAAAAUUGAAGAACCAAAACCAGAGCCUGUCAGAGUUGGAGACAUUGAUAAAGACACAGUGCCUUCAGAAACCACUUCAAAAGACUCUAAGAAGAAAAAUUCAGAAGAGAAAGCAACUGAUGACUUCCAUUUUGAAAAAUUCAAGAAACAGAUGAGAAGAUUUUAAUGUUGGUUUGAAGAGUUGUCUCCUGUACACUUCUCAGAUAAAGGCCAUGAGAGCUGAGCUUAUUUUGAAAAACUCCAAAUGUUUGUGUCCCAUGUAUGUGCUUAGGACUACAACAAAAGGUUGUCAUAACAAGAACAUAACAACUUUGUACAGACACAGCUCACUGAUGAUUCAAUGCACUGCUGCUGUAUGUUCUAAUGUAUUGGUGACUUUUCAGAACAAAGAUUGGACUCUCACCUUUGUGCACAUAGACAAUAACAUUAUGUUCCAUCUUUGCAAAGAAGGUCAUCAAGCUAGACAAUAACAUUAUGUUCAUCUUUGCAAAGAAGGUCAUCAAGGUAGACAAUAACAUUAUGUUCAUCUUUGCAAAGAAGGUCAUCAUUCAAGAUACUUUAGACAAGUUGAUUAGCUCAGCUCCAUGAAUGAUUCUACCUAAAAUACUAAUCAAAUAUGAAACUUGAUUUUUUUAAAUUAUAUUUUUUAUUGAAAUAGUUGAAAAGAUCAUGUUUCAAAUUAGGAUGAAUAAGAUUUCUGGGUCAUGAUAAUACAAUUCUUUUGCUGAUACAAAUGAAUAUGAUCUUUUGAUUAUUUUCUCAACAUUUCAUUAAUUCACAUAUUGCUUUAUGGUUUCAUCAAGUGUUGAGACUAUUUUGAUGUUAAGAGAAAACCUUAAUUUGUAACAAUGAUUUUCUUUUUAAGUCUAAAUUUUUUUAUUGCAAGUGAUUUCAAAUUUACUCACCAUUUUACAAACUUUAAAAGCUAGAAUAAUGGCCUUUGUUGUACUCAGCAAAUAUCAGCUUCUAAUUAUAGUGGGUGGUUUCAGAGUAGUUUCAGUGUAAGAUCAUUACCAAAAGGUAGAAUUCUUUUGCUCUAUUUCUUAUGAGAUAUGAAGACUACUACACUUUGUUCACAGUAGUUUUAGAGUUUGUUCUAGAACAUCAAUAAAAAAAACAACACAAAAACUUGAAUUUGACAAAAACAUUUUAUCAUAUUUUAAUAAGAAUUCGCAUAUGGACAAUUUAUUGAAUGUUUUUAUUUUCGUCUGGCAUGGGAAUGCAAACUUCAGUUUUAGAUUAGACAUUAAGACUUUGUUCCAUUUGAGAAUGCUGAGUUGCAGUGAACAUUAGUCUUCUUCUCAAAAACAUAGGAUGAUAGAUAUCGACAUUUCUGAAGAGAGUGACUCAAACUCAAAUCUCACUGGAGUAAAGUAAAACAGUGAGCAAUAAAAAUAAAACAAAAGGAGGUAGAUGAUAGGUCAAUGGAAGUCUUCAGUCCAAUGUGAGCACUGACUUUUAUCUUCCAAGUGAUGUAACACACUGUUAAUACAUACGACAUUGUGUGUUAGGUUUGAAAUUAAAAAAAUCAUUAACUUAUUAGGGUUAAAAGAGCUUAAAAAAAUAUUUCAUGGCAAUAAUUAUAUUCAUACAUUUGAGAAGAGCUUAAUUGCAAUUUUUUUUAGGAGAUUAUUUCAGGACAACUGAAAAGACAAAUCUGAAGAUCAACAGACUUCAAUGAAAAUAAACAAUAAAGCUGUUUCAUUUCUU